UAGAAGAUGAGGAGGAAGAUGAUUCUGCCAGCCAAACUGACGGCAAAAAGGAAAAUGAAGACAUUAACGCAUCUAAUUAUAAGAAUCCAAAGUUCAGGGGUACGCCAAUGAUAUAUGCAUGUGCAACUAUGUGGCACGAGUCUAAAUACGAAAUGUUGCAACUCAUGAAGUCACUUUUUAGAAUGGACCGAGAUCAGUGUAUAAGAAAACAUGCUGAAGAGGUGUUCCAGAAAGAAGACGAAGAUUUCUAUGAUUUUGAAGCACACAUUUUGUUCGAUGAUGCAAUGACGCUAAACGAUAACGAGGAGAUGGAACCAAAUAAGUGGGUAAAGCUGCUUGUUAACAUUAUGGACGAAGCAGCUAGUUGCGUUUAUGAGAAAGAUAUUACAAUCGAGGCGCCAAUCAAGGUCCCAACUCCAUAUGGAGGCCAGCUUAUCUUUACAAUGCCAGGCGACAAUUUUCUCUUUAUACACCUCAAAGACAAAGCAAAAAUAAGACACAAGAAACGUUGGUCACAGGUAAUGUACAUGUAUUAUUUGUUGGGCUUCCGAAUUAUACGAAUGUGUGAAGAAAUUGUGACAGAAGCUGUAAAGGAAGGAAAGAUUAAUGAACUUAUUUAUGGGAAACAAGAAGCCCCUCCUAGAGGAAGAAUUGGCAAGAGUCAUAUUUUCCAUGCUUUUGACGACCAAGUUCUGAAGAAAGCAAGUAAUACGUUCUUGUUGGCUCUAGACGGAGAUGUUGACUUUUCUCCUGGGGCUGUACGCCUUCUACUGGACAGAAUGAGGAAAAGUGAAAAAGUUGGGGCCGCCUGUGGCAGAAUUCAUCCAAUAGGAAAGGGGCCGGUUGUUUGGUUCCAAAAGUUCGAGUAUGCUAUCGCUCACUGGUUACAGAAAGCUACAGAGCAUGUUCUCGGAUGCGUUCUCUGUAGUCCAGGGUGUUUCUCACUAUUCAGGGGUUCUGCACUUAUGGAUGAUAACGUUAUGCAAAAGUAUACACUCCUACCUUCGGAGGCUGCCCAUCAUCUAAUGUAUGAUCAAGGUGAAGAUCGCUGGUUAUGCACUCUCCUUCUCCAGCAAGGUUAUAGGGUCGACUAUGCAGCUGGUUCUGACGCUUUCACCUACGCUCCAGAAGGUUUCGCAAAAUUCUUCAAUCAGCGCCGAAGAUGGAUGCCAUCCACAGUCUUUAAUAUCAUUGACCUGCUUGCUGACUACAAAAACACCGUGUAUGUUAAUUCCAACAUCAGUAUGCUGUACAUCCUGUAUCAGGGUGCGCUACUUAUGUCUACAAUAGUUGGUCCUGCGACAGUUUUGAUGAUGAUCGCAGGAGCCAACAUGGUUGUAUUCAAGGUAACUUUAAUCUGGGGCUAUGUGAUUGCACUCGCGCCUGCAGUUUUCUACUUUAUCAUAUGCUUUUAUGUGAAGUCUGAGACUCAGAUUCAAAUUGCAGAAGUACUCACCGGUCUAUACUCUUUUGUGAUGAUGAUAGUAUUGGUUGGAACUAUAGUAACCGCAGCUCAAGAGAGUCCAUUUCAUCCCAGCGUCAUUUUUCUUGGAUUUCUAGUUGUAGUCUUUAUGUUCUCAGCCAUGUUGCAUCCAAAUGAAAGGUCAUGCAUUAUUUUUGGUGCACUGUACUUCCUUCUUAUUCCAACCGGAUUUUUGUUGUUGAGCAUAUUCUCACUUUGUAAUCUGCAUGACGUUUCCUGGGGCACUCGAGAAGGUCAAAAGAAGAAGACAAAAGCCGAAGAAGAGGAUGAGAAAAGAUUAAAUGAAGAAAAGGAAAAGAAAAAGAAAGAAAGAGGUUUUUUUGGCAAGUUCUUUCCAACAUUUCCGACAAAAGAAUUUAAACACAUGCUCAGCAAACUUACAGAAAGUCAAAACACAAAGAAAGAAGAUCUAAGUUUGUGUGAAACUAACAAACUUUUAAAGGAAAUAAAUGAACAUUUGAAGGACAUUGUUGAACAAAAGAAUAAACAAAUAGAAUCAAAGGGAAAGGUAAUGUCGGAUGAGAAAGCCAAUACAGUACAAAUGUCUGCAGAUGAGACGACAGAGGUUAAACCUAAAGGCAUAUGGAUGCAUCUACAAACUGAUCAUCAUUCUACUGAAAGUGUGAGAAAAAAUGAGAUUGAUUCAGAAGAAACAGGUGAUGACAGGGUUAAAGCAAACAGGGACGACCUCGUUAAUCCGGCAUGGGCAGAAUGCAAAGAACUAGGAAAUGGAAAAGUAAUUCCACUUGCACCUGAAGAAUUGACGUUCUGGGAGAGUUUUGUGGAGAAAUACCUGAAGCCUCUUAAGCUUUCGGAUGAUCAAAUAAAGAACAAUGCAAAAGGUCUGAUAGAGUUACGCAAUAACCUUGCUCUUGGCAUGGCCAUGAUAAACUUGCUUUGGAUCGCCAUCAACUUUAUGUUUCAGUUCGAAAGUCCAACAACAAUAUCUUUGAAAUUAUCCGGAUUUGAAAAUAGCCCAGACAGUCCUGACUACCUCGAGGAAAAUCAAAGAGAUUCUGAUGACUCUGAAUCAGCUGAUAACAUAAUAGAAGUUGACGUUUUGGGAUUGUUGUUUAUAUUCUUCUACCUUGCAAUUUUACUGCUGCAAUUUAUUGGCAUGAUUAUUCAUCGUUGGGGAACCUUCCAGCAUUUAGUCUCCGCGGUAAAGCUAAAGAAUCCUUUCCUGGUGACUGAUAAAAUGGUGCGACUAUCUAGCUCCGCAGAAGGAACAGAAGAUAUUGAUGCAACUGAAGCUAGAGAAAUAAUAGAUAAUAUACUGAAGGAACCUUUACCUGACUAUUUUGAUGACAGUGGACCUGAAGAGCAAUUUGAACAGGAAAUUGAGGAAGAACUUCAAGUUUUACAGAAAACAGGAUCAAGGUAUCGUGUAACGGUUACAGAUAAUGGCAUCGGCGCAACAUCUCGGCGUCUAGGUUAUACUGACUUGGGAAGAUCAAGAGAUGGUUUGUCUAAAAGUGCUAGACACAUCAAAGACGGUUUACAAGCAACAAUGAGAAAGCAUGCCAGUGCUCCGAAAAGUGAGGAGUUUAGGAGGGGAAUGCAUUAUGAAGCUUACAGGGCAAAUGAUGAAAACGUAGAUAGACCUCUUCCACCAGUCAGGCAAAGAAGACUGAAUCUUAGGACAGGAAGAUUGGAGCUAGCGACACGGUUGCAAGAAUAUUUGAAAGAUUCUGCUGAUCCUAUACCUUUGAUUGAGGAGAGAGAUUCAGAUGACGAUAUCUAUGACAGGCUUGGAUCAAAAGGAACAGUAAGCCGACAAAUUGGGAAAAGGCUGAAAUUGUGUGCCAAAUCGUUGAAAUUAAUGGAAUCACAUUCGAAUGGACCUCACCAGCAUUGUGUAUCUUUUGAAAACUCAGGACGACCAACAUCCACGCUGUACUGAGGUCACAACACCGUGAGACAACGAAAAAGACUGUGAAAAAUCUACCUAUACUUUUAUCUGAUGUAGACCAUAUUCCUUCGACUACUGUGAACAACUAUUAUAAGAGAAAAAUAUAGUACUCUGUUCUACUCUGGAACCCAUCACUGUUGAAAUUAUCCGUGGAUAAUAGGAACCAGACCUACAUUCCGUUGUCGUCAAUAUUCAUGAUUUCUGUCCGCAACAGGUUUCAUUAAGAACAGACAGAACACGCUGUAAAAAUUCCGGAACACUAAUAUUUUUUACUCUAUUGACUUAAAAAGUGUACAUAAUGUCCGUAACGAACAUGGAUUUGAUUAAAGUAUAAAGCUGAUGUGGUCCAUGCUGUAGUGAGAUAGAUGCACGUUAGGUGAGAAUGAUAAAUCCUAUGCAUGAGAUAUGCCUCAGUUAUACUUAAUCAAAAAAAAACAAUAACUGAAAUCAAAAUAUUAGUUUGAACUACUAAGAUGCUGUGUUUGACCGCUGACUUAGUAUUUAUUUGUUGUUGCUUGGUGAAUAUGGACCGAUAUAUUUGUCGUGCUAUUGAGAAGUAUGUUUCUAUGCUAAUAAUGCAGUUUACGCUACCAUUGUAUAUCUCGGGGAACGUGCAGUGUCGGUGAUGUGGGAACUUAACUAUGAUAGUUUUUGUUUUUACUGUAUAACCCAGUCAGUCUUAAUUGAUACCAUCCAUUUGAUGUAGUUUUGUUAACACAUCUUCAAACAAAAAUUUGUAUAUAUGUGUUGUAAAAAUAAUAUGUGUGUUUGUUUACAACAACAAUAAGCUUAUAGCUUAAUUAUGUGAAUAUGUUUUUUCUUUUUACAAGGUUAUGUUCUUCCUUCAUUGACAUUUCGGAACAAGUUCAAAUCCAUUCUGUGUUUUAGAAUAUCUGAACAUUCACGUUCCUCAAUUUGUGUGUUUUACAUACUUCCUGGCUUAGAUGAAGGCUAAUUUAUAUGUUUAUCCAUUCUAUAUAACAACUGUUUUUCUUGAUGUUUCUUUCCCGUGACAGAAAAUGACAGUAAACGAUGAAAAGUACAUUUUAAUUUCAAUGAAGCAAUAUUUCUAUAUUUCGCUUACUUUCUAGCUGACAGGGUAUUCUUCGAAACAAAUAAGGGUGUAACAGAUCAGACACGGAAUUAAGCAUAAAAGAAUCUUAUAAUAAGAAAUAAUAUUUUUAGUCAAUUUGAUUGUUGUCUGAAUACCAAGUUUGUUCAAAUAAUCCCCCUAGGGUCAAAUUUGGUCCCGCCCUGGGGGAAUCACAUGGUUUACAUAGGUUUAUAUAGGGAAAAAAUUUGAAAAUCUUCUUGUCCAAAACCACUGGGCUAAAGGCUUUGAUAUUUGGUAUGUAACAUCAUCUAGUGGUCCUCUACCAAGAUUGCUUAAAUCAUUCCCUAGGGUCAAAUAUGGCCCCACCCGGGAAGUCACAUGGUUUAUAUCGACUUAUAUAGGGAAAAAUAUUGAAAAUCGUCUUGUCAAAAACCACUGGGCAAAGGGCUUUGAUAUUAGGUAUGUGACAUCAUCUAGUUGUCCUCUACAAAGAUUGUUCGAAUUAUGCCUCUUGGAUGAAAAAAGGCCCUAACACGGGGAUCUCAAAUUUUGCAUACACUUUUAUAGGAAAAAAACUAUAAAAAUUUUCUUGUCUUAAACCAGAAGAUAUAGGCCUUUGAUAUUUGGUAUGUAGCAUUGCCUGGUAGUCCUCUACAAAGAUUGUUCAAAUAGUUACCCUGGGAUGAAAAGAGGCCCCGCCCCCGGGGUCCCAAUUUUAUAUAGACCUAUAUAGAAAAAAAAAAUCUUCUUGUCUGAAACCACAAGACCUUGGCCUUUGAUAUUUGGUAUAAAGCAUCAGCUUAUGAUCCUCUAUCAAAAUUUUUCAAAUUAAAACCCCGGGGUGAAAAGAGGCCCCCGGGGGUCCAAAAAAUUACAUAGACUUAUACAGGAAAAAGCGUUAAAAGUUUUCUUGUCUGAAAUCACAAGACCUGGGCCUUUGAUAUUUGGUAUGUAGCAUUGGCUUAUGAUCCUCUAUUAAGUUUUUUUUUUUCAAAUUAUGUCCCUGGAGUCAAAAGUGGCCUCGCCCCGGGGGUACCAAGUUUUACAUAGACUUAUAUAGGAAAAAUCUUUAAAAAUAAAUCUUCUGUUCUGAAACUCCAAGGCCUAUGCUUUUGAUAUUUGGUAUAUUGCAUUGCCUAGUGGUCCUUUACCAAAAUUAUUCAAAUAAUGCCCCUGAGGUGAAAAGACAUAGACUUAUCAUUUUGCCUGAAACUGCUAGGUCUAGGCUUUUGAUAUUUGGUAUGUUGCAUUGCCUAAUGUUCCUCUACCAUAAUUGUUCAAAUUAUGCCCCUGGGAUGAAAAGAGCCCCUGCCCCGUGGGCCCCAAGGUUUACAUAGACUUAUAUAGGGAAAAAUUUAAAAAUCUUCUUGUCUGAAAGUUCAAGGCUUAAGCCUUUGAUAUUUGGUAUGUAGCAUUACCUAGAAGUCCUUUAACAAGAUUGUUCAAAUUAUGCCCCUGGGGUGAAAAGAGGUCCCGCCCCAAGGGUCUCUUGUAUAUGAGUUAUAUAGGAAAAAUACUUCAAAAAAUAUCUGAUCAUUUUUUCUAAGAUUGUAUAAUUAUAUUUACCUGAUGACCCCGAGUAAUUUGACCUACUUUCUUGUUUUUUAAAAUACAACCUUGAAAUUAGGAUGCCAUGUACAGUUUUGCAUAAUAAUCAUUACAACAUAGAAAUUUGGACCAUGUCAGUAACCUUCGAUAAAGAUUUCAAUACUCAUCUUAAAUGUCUUAGCCCAGACCUACUGACCUACUUUCUUCUUUUAGAAGCUACAGAAAAGAGAUUUUUAUAAUUUUAACAGAUUUCAGAACUUAUCUUGAAGAAUCUUUACCAUAACCUUCUCACCUAGGUUUUGUUUUUGUUUUUGAAGCAGCUACAGCAAAAACAUUUGUUCAAGCAAGCAAUUAAACUCAGGUGAGCGAUAUAUAUGGUCAUCAUGGCCCUCUUGUAUUCAUUAUUGCACUUAACAUUUAAAGACAUAAUA